AUGGGAGUCCUCUUCUCGUGCCCCGCCGACGACUACGACCCGCUGGACCUGCAGGAGGAAGCGCCGGCGCCGGCGACGUUCUCCACCGCGGGCGCAGGGGAGCCAGCGCCGGCCAUCCUCAGGGCGUCGCUGGGCUCCGGCAAGCUGCACAUCGAGGGGUCGCUGAGCUUCAAGCGCGCGCAGGCCGCGCUGCUGCAGGUGGAGACCGAGAUCUCCAUCCGGACCGCCGACGCCGCCGCCAUGCCCGCGCCGGGGCCCCUGCUGCCCAGGGCGAGGUUCGCCGAGCCGGCGGCCGCGGACAGCCCCAAGCACGAGGCGGCGGCGCUGAGGCUGCAGAAGCCAAUAUAUAUGCAGUACUAA